CCGGAAGUUCUGCUAUCCAUGUGGUCACAGCAAAAUGGUGAAGCACAAGAAAAAGUUUGAGAGUGGUGCAGCUACGGCAUAUGUGUCUAGAAACCGGGCACUGAAAAAAUUACAGCUGUCAUUACCAGAUUUUAGGCGACUAUGCAUCUUAAAGGGCAUUUACCCCCAUGAACCCAGGCAUAAGAAGAAGGUGGGGAAGGGCAGCACAGCCCCUAAAACCUACUAUUUUUACAAGGACAUACAGUUCAUGGCACAUGAACCUAUCAUACAAAAGUUUAGAGCAUUUAAGGUAGGUGNACAUGAAAACCACAUUGGUAAUGGUAAUGAUCCAACCAAGGAAGAGGUAAUGGAACAGUUGGUUCAGCUGCAGAUAGACCCAGCCAAGCAUCAUGAGGUGCCCAGAACAGAUAAUCCAACACACAACACACAACGCAGUCCUUCCAUGCAUGCCAUGCACAACAGGACCAGGAAGUAUGGAGAUGCUUGUGAGUAUAAACAAAUUAUCACUGCCUAUUUACAAUAA